CAGCGAUAAUGACAUGAUUUCAUAUACAAAACCCCAUAUGGGACACGGAGGACACAACCACUUAGCGGCACCCAGGUAAUUAUACGCAACAGCUGCUUGGUGUGGUCACUGUAGUGUUGCCAAUAAGAAUGAUUCAAAGCCAGAAUUUGAUCAUGAUCGAGAGGCAACAACCUUUCGUUCUCACAAUGAAAGCAUUGCCAGUACUACAACUCUUGUUUCUAGCCACACUUGUGGCCACAACCCAAGGUUCAUUCGAGCAUGACAUAGCCGACCAAAUAAUCCAUCUCCUCCGGCCAAAAUCAGGAGUCGGCGGCAGCCAAGUCGGCAACAUUUCAUGCCUGAGUUGGCGACUGGGAGUGGAGACCCACAACAUCAUUGACUGGACGACUAUUCCAGCUGCUUGUGAAGGCUACGUCGGGCACUACAUGCUCGGCGACCAGUAUAGAAAAGACUCGGAAGUGGUUACUCAUGAGGCCUAUGUCUAUGCUGAGGGGCUGAACCUCACCAACGAUGGUAACAACUUGUGGGUAUUUGACAUCGAUGAGACUACUCUCUCUAAUCUGCCGUACUAUGCCGAGCAUGGAUUCGGGGUGGAGGUAUAUAAUUCAACUGCAUUCACUGCCUGGGUCUUGGAAGGCAUAGCCCCAGCUUUGCCCGAGAGUCUAAAGCUGUACAAGAAGUUAUUGGCUCUUGGAAUCAAGGUUGCAUUCAUAACUGGAAGAGAAGAAUCACAGAGAAAUGUCACAGAAACCAAUCUGAAGAAUGUUGGAUACGAUACCUGGGAAACGCUUGUACUAAAAGAUUCAUCUUAUUCUGGUAGCACAGCAGUGGUGUAUAAAUCAGCUGAGAGAAAGAAGCUUGAAGAAAGUGGAUAUAGAAUAAUCGGAAACAUUGGUGAUCAAUGGAGUGAUAUAAUGGGAACAAACAUCGGCAAUAGAACCUUCAAGUUGCCUGAUCCAAUGUAUUACAUUAGCUGAAUAAUUGUUUCCUUUUGCAAGAAGAUUUCAUGUUUUCAUUAGUACUUGUUUAAGUGGAAGAGAAAAGAUUGAUCCAUGGAAUAAAAGGUUCUGGGACCAAUUGGUUCUAACAUAUGCA